AUGCUGCCCAGGAAGGGAAGCAACAAUAGCAGUGGUUCAAGGAGAGCAAGUGCCACAUCUCAGUCGUCUCUUGCUUCCAUCAACCAAAAACUCCAGGCGAGAUUGUCUGCCACUUCACCGCCAUCAUCAGCGAUACCAAUGGAUCACCCACAUAACUCAAGUGUCACUACGGUGCUCCUGGUCCAGUUUCAUCAUCGCAAUGGCCCUCAAGUGGAAUUCACUCACCCUCCAUUCCCUGCCAUCCCUGGAACAUCUCCAACAUCUACUGAAGAUCAAAGUGGUGCUACUGAUGCCAGCGUGGGGUCGCCAUCUAAUCAUACUACUACUGCUACUAUAACACAUGUGGAUCCAAAUCUCUCUCAUGCCGCUGUCGAACUACCAAAUGAGUGGGCAUUCCUACCAUUCUUGUGUCUUCCUGAUGGUGCACAUGGUGCUGAUGAGGAUUUUAUAUACUUUCACUUGCCUCCAGUCCCUGCUUGGGCUCCAGGGUUUCCACAAGCUACUCUCUUUGGUUUGGCGUGCUUUAGACAGCUGGACUCCAAUGACUUGGUCGUCAAGGCUGCUGAUGUGACUCGAUCUCGUGUACAGAAAGCUGUCGUGGUCUUAGCCAAGGAGCCAAUACUGAAUUCAAUACGUGACAAGCUACGGUUGACGACACAGGCCUUGUUUGCCCAACGUGAUUUCUCCAAACUCGACAUUCUCAAUGACCUCUACGACAACAUCACCAACGUAUCUACAAGAGAUCCAAUAUCUGAUAGCUCAUUAUAUAUGGGCAUAUCAUUACGAGAAAUGGUUCACAAAUUCCGUACAAAAACCCUCCAAUUAUUUAAACUGUUUCUGCUGGAAAAACGAAUCUUGUUCUUCGGUGCUAGAGUUGAAAAAGUUUGUUUGUAUCAAUACGGGCUAGUGGCGCUUAUUCCAGAGCUCCUGAGGAAUUUAAAGGAUGUCGGAGCACCAGAAUUAGGUUAUGAUGAUGUAGAAGUAGAUGGUAAUGCAGAACAUACAUCAGCACCUACUGCUGCUGCAAGGUAUAAAGCCUUUGGGCUUCCACUGAAAUUAUUUGGACAGGGUGCAUUCUUCCAGCCAUACAUCCCACUGCAACAAAUGGAUGUCCUCACUUCCUCAGCAACAAACUCUUUCUUGGUUGGAACCUCAAAUAUUAUAUUCACACACAAGACUUCCAUGUUUGAUGCUGUAAUUAAUGUUGAUCAAGGCACAAUUGAAAUAGCGGAUCCAACGUUAAGUAGUUAUCUGCAAUUGACUGCAGCAGACAAAAGAUUUAUGGAAGAGAUAAAUAAAGCUGUGCUGGCAUCAUGGUCUCCUGAUGGUGAAAACAACGAGAAUCAACAAAUCAACUAUGAAGGUUCAGAUGAGGAUAUACGGUCACGAUUUGAAAUGUAUUUACUAUCAUUAAUGUCAUGUGUCAAGGCCGCUGAUAAUGCUUCAAACGGUUCACCUUCUUCACCUGCUCCCAAAGCCAAGGAUCUCUUAAGUGAGUUCAAUCCAAUUUGGGUUGCUCAAUGGAUGGCAACCAAUAAUUAUGGAACGUGGGAUCGAAGCACGAGUCCAUCUAUAUGCGAAUUGUAUCCACCUAGUCAUCCCUUCCAAGGUACAACUGCUUUGGGAGCUAUGCAAGCAUCUCUAGCCAACAAAAUGACCGAAAUGAAACUAGACCGAGCCAUCUCAAACACAUCCAACAAACUGCAAGAAGGCCAACAAAAGCUAUUCGCCGGUGUUUCUUCAUGGUAUGAGAAACGGAGACGCGAAUGGAAUAUGUCUGGUGACGCCAAAUCUGAAAUGAAGUCUCCAUCGUCGAUGUCAAUCGCACUACCUGGGAAUGGCGGAGUUGGGAUGAGCAAGUCACAUUCAGAUAAUGGAGCACAUGAAGAUGGAGUUAUAGUACCUGGAGAAGGAGAAGAAGCUAUGGAUGAUUAUGUGGAUGUGGUUAUACCUGCAGCUCAUCCUAACACUGUUGAAGGACGGUUAUCGAACAGUCAUGAUGCAGUUGAUAGUGCUCUCAAAUGA